GUAAAGAAUCCCUUGUAAUUGAAGGUAUCUUUAUGUAGUUUCUUCAGCACCAAUCAAAGUCUUAUCUUCAACCUUUGGAAACCCUAAUCUCCAUUUCCAGAGCUCGUAGUUCCAAUUCGCAGAACCAGUCGAGAUUCUCGCUAAUGGGUUCGGAAGCCUUGACUUUAUCAACGCCUCUAGCUCCGACGAAGCCCGUCGCUGCAGAGGCAGCUGCACCAACAGCACUAGCUCCGGGGUUCAGGUUUCAUCCGACCGAUGAAGAGCUCGUUAUUUACUACCUUAAGCGGAAGGUCUGUGGAAAAUCCUUCCGUUUCAAUGCUAUUUCCGAGGUCGAUAUCUACAAGAGCGAGCCCUGGGACCUCGCAGGGAAGUCAAGGUUGAAGAGCAGGGACCAAGAGUACUACUUCUUUAGUCUGUUGGACAAGAAAUAUGGAAAUGGGGCUAGGAUGAACAGGGCUACAUGCCAAGGGUACUGGAAAGCCACUGGUAAUGAUCGGCCGGUCCGCCAUGACUCAAGGAUUGUGGGCUUAAAGAAAACAUUAGUGUUCCAUAGUGGUAGAGCACCAGAUGGCAAGCGGACCAAUUGGGUCAUGCAUGAAUACAGGCUUGUAGAUGAAGAACUGGAGAAAGCAGGAGCAGGAACGGGAAGCUCGCAGGAUGCAUAUGUUUUGUGCAGAGUAUUCCACAAAAGUAAUAUAGGACCCCCGAAUGGACACCGUUAUGCACCGUUUAUUGAGGAGGAAUGGGAUGAUGCUGGAUCAGUUUUGAUUCCUGGAGAAGAGAUUGCUGAUGGUAAAAUAGCUAGUUACGAUGCACAGUCCGAAAGGAACAGCAAUAGUGUCUGUGCUGCUGAGGGUAGUAACAAUGGUGCACGUGACGAAGGGAAGGACGGUAUUCAGGAAAAAACUCAUUUCAUCAGUAAAGAUCCUGUUAUAUCGAAGGAUCCUCCAAGAAACUCUCACAACUUUUUGUUUAUGUGCAAAAGUGAGAACUUGGAGGAUUAUACCCCACCCUCCAUUAUUGCUAAUCCUAAACCCUUCCCGCUAAUGAAGUAUAAACGAAGGCGGCAAAGUGACCUAAGCUCUGAAUUUUCCAAAGGUUCUGAGAACUCAUCCAUGUCAAAUGAAGAGCUCAGCUUAUCUGAAACCGUGACGGAUGUAACGACGACGAGUGCGACAACACCAACAACAAAGAAUUUCCUUUCUACCUUAGUGGAAUAUUCACUAUUAGAAUCUGCAGAACCGAAGGAUACUCCUGCUCCUCCACCUGCAUUAGAAACCUCAGAUCUUAGUUCAUCUGUUCAUCCAAGCAUCCUGAAAUUCAUCCAAGAUUUGCAACAUGAGAUCCACAAGACAUCUAUGGAAAGGGAGACACUGAAGUUUGAGCUGUUGAGCGCUCGAGCCAUGAUUAGUAUCCUUCAAUCCCGGAUUGUCGUGUUGAAUAAGGAAAUUAGUGAUUUGAAGUCGAAGUAUGAUAAUAAUUAAUAUCAUCCUUGAAUCCUGGAUUACCAUGCUGAAUAAGGAGACCGUAACGAUGUCGACAACACCCUAUGGCUAUGCCCUGUAAAUUGUUGCUACCAUUUUGCUCUCUUUGUACUUUAUCGGCAUUCGAAUCCGGGCUGUUGUAGUAGCUACUAAUAUAACUAGUUCAGUUGUCUAAGCAACUAAGCUGUGUUGUAAGAGUAUCAAUUUAGUGAAGCCUUUAAAUUUGGAAGAACUUCAACCCAUGUUAGAACUUCAUGUUAUGCUAUGCCUAAAGACCAUUGAUGAUGUUGUUAACUUCAACUUCUCAGCUGCUGGCAUUUCAUGAAAUAAGGUUGUCUUAACUAUUAAUUUAACCCCCCAUUUCCAGUCA